AUGUCAAAACCCUUGCACUCUCUGUUAGCUCUGUCCAUCAUCCUCAUGACAUGUUAUGCUGAUAGCUUUAAUACAUCAACAAUAUGUAACCCUUCUGUUUGUGGUAACAUCUCAAUUCGUUACCCUUUUUGGAAACGGUCCAACACCACCGUCGCCGGAGAAUUUUGCGGUUAUCCGGAUUUUGGCCUAGAAUGCUCGGAAAACCAACCCAUCAUAACUCUACCAAGUGAUACAUACUUUGUUACAGAUAUAAACUAUGACAAUCAUUCAAUUACCCUUGUUGACAUAGAUGUAAUGAACCAACCAUGUCCACGGGCGAAAAACAAUGUUACCAUAGCAAAUCUUCCAUUAUCUUUUAGCUCAUUAGAUUUGAAUCUCAGUUUCUACUUCAAUUGUAGUUCUUACCCUUCAUAUGUGGAUCCUAUAGGGUGUUUGGUAAAUGAUUAUAACAUGAAGUCCUAUGUGUUUAAGGCUGGUGAUGAAGCUGAUGGCUAUGAUUGGAAUAGGCUUUGUGAGGAACAUGUUGUGGUGACAGUGAAGGAUGAUGAGAUUGAUAGUAAUGGUAUUGGUGGUUUGAUAUCUGGGUUUGGUGUUGCUAUGAAUAAAGGGUUUGUUCUUGAUUGGAUGAAAGCUGUGGAUUGUGCAGAGUGUGAGCUGUAUGGUGGAUAUUGUGGAUAUGAUCAAACAAUUAAGCAAUCAAGGUGCAUAUGCAGAGAUGGCAGUGUUUCUGCCAAAAGUUGCAAAAAAGGUACGCUCAUUCUAGCUUGUUGA